AUGCCCGUGAUGCUGUUUCUGCUGCUGGCCCUGGUGCCACGGGCGCUGGGGGCCCACCAGGCCGGCAACCAGAGCAGCCUGUGCCAAUGCACCUUCUCAGUGACCGGGCCCCCUGGGUCCCUCUGCCCCGAGCCAGGAGAGGCUUCGCCGGCCGUGCAGUCCCUGCAGAGAGUCAGUGGCAUCCAGCAUGGGGAGCUCGAGGCCCUCCGUGUCCGCCUCGGCUCCCUGGAGAGGCGGGUGCAGCGGCUGACUUCGAAGCAGGCUGCCCGGCCCCGGGAGAGCCAGGCGGGGCCGCUGGUGGCGCUGGCCACGCUGAGGAGAGAGAGGACGCAGCUGGAGACCAGGGCCAGGCGGCUGCAGGAGGCCUAUGGCCGGCUGCUGAGGGGCAAGACGGAGCUGCAGGAGGCCACCCGGGGGCGGAGACGUGACCGGAGUCCCCAGGCCUCUGAGGACGCGACUCCAGGCUCCAGGGAAGUUUUUAGGUGGGAUCCGGAAAACUUGAAGCCCCAGGAGCUGAAGUCUGGGCAGAAGGAGCUUCCCGCUUCGGGAACCGCAGGAACCCCGGAGGGCCGCCUGGAGUGAAGUGUAGGCUGCAGCGGCCUCGUCUGGGUGGGGAAACUGCAGACAUGUAGGGCAGCCGAGGCCCCCGGGGGCAAGUAAGGCGUGUGGAUGGGGGACCUGGCCCCCCACACACCCAAGACCACGUGGCGGGCGGGCACGGGUGUGGCCGUCAACUUUGCCUUUGACACAGGAUCGGGCCAGCGCUGGAGCCCCGACCAGAACCACUAG